UCUAUUUUUAGAACAAAUCGCGGGAAAAAGCGCGGUUUCUGUCAGAUUUCUGCUUCCUUAGUUUGGCGUCGUCUUCGGCAUCAAGAAGUAAGAAGUAAAGCUUGGACAAGACAUUCUUAAUAUCUGGUUUAAGUGGCGACAGUUAUUGGUCACGAGCGCCCCUUUUUGCAGACCAUCAAAAAUUGAGGUAGACAGGUGUGUAAGCAGUCAAGACAGCCAUGUCUUCACCCAAGAGCCCAGGAACUCCUAGUCGCAGGAGCAAGCGAGGUCGAGGAUCAGAAGCUGGCAGUCCUGAAAGUACAAAUCCAGAUACUCCUUCAAGACGCUCCACAAGAUCAUCUGUCAAUACCCCUACCCGAUCAAGUUCAAAGAGAUCUUCAAGGAAUGGGGCUGGAGAUGGAGAUUUGUCUUCUCCGCCAUCUCAGCGACGAAGAAUUGAAGAAUCGUCCCCAUUAAAUGACGUAGGUCCUUUAGACUCUUCUCUCACUGGAGGCACUGAGGGGGAUGACUCUCUGCUGACAAGCCCAAGAGGAGCUCCAGCCAGUGAGAUAGACCUGAGUUCACCCUUGAACUAUGGAACUCCUGGGUCACAAAGCACUCUGGCUGGCACGCCUGCUGCUGGAGCUACUCCCAUAAGGCAUCGUCCCGAUGUUCGAAGUGAUAGAAGGCUCAGACAAGUGGCUGUGGGCGGUUCAGAACCUCCAUCGGAAACGGACCGUAGUGAUGCAGUCAGUGAAGCAGCUCCGGUUGGACCUCAGUUAGUUAUCUGGGGAACAGAUGUUGUGGUGAGCCAGUGCAAGGAAAAGUUCCGCUCAUUUAUUUCUCGCUAUGUAGACACAAGCAUUGCGGACGAUGAGCAGUUUGCUGGAAUUGAUGCUGCACAGCCGUAUUACUUGCAGAGACUUGAUGAGAUCAAUGUCAUUGGUGACCCGUUCCUGAACGUAAACUGUGGUCACUUACGUGAGUUUGAUGGUGACCUUUACCGCCAGCUGGUCUGCUACCCACAAGAAGUCAUUCCAACUUUUGACAUGGCAGUCAAUGAGAUGUUCUUUGAAAGAUUUCCUAAUGCCACUCUGGAGCAUCAGAUUCAAGUCAGGCCAUACAAUGCAGAGUUUACCAAAAAUAUGCGAUCACUAAACCCAGAAGAUAUUGACCAGUUGAUCACCAUCUGUGGCAUGGUUAUCCGUACAUCGUCCCUGAUUCCUGAAAUGAGAGAAGCAUUUUUUCAAUGCCAUGUUUGCCAGAAUACAACUUCAGUGGAGAUUGACAGAGGCCGCAUUGCUGAGCCGACGCUGUGCACUAACUGCAACACAAAAUUUUCUUAUCAGAUGAUCCACAAUAGAUCUCAGUUCUCAGACAAGCAAAUGGUCAAGAUGCAGGAAUCUCCAGAGGACAUGCCCCCUGGCCAGACUCCCCACACCAUCAUCAUCUACGCUCACAAUGACCUGGUGGAUCGGGUCCAACCUGGUGACCGCGUCACAAUCACAGGCAUCUAUCGUGCUGUUCCUCUGCGUGUCAACCCUCGUCAGCGCAACGUGAAGUCUGUCUACAAGACACACAUUGAUGUAGUGCAUUUCAGGAAAUUGGAUACAAAGAGACUUGCUGAGGCAACAGAUGAGGGGAAACAAGUUCAAAUGACAGAGGAAAGAAUUGAAAUGGUGAAGACUUUGGCUAAGAAGUCGGAUAUUUAUGAAAGAUUAGCUAGAGCAAUUGCUCCAAGCAUUUAUGAAAAUGAGGACAUCAAGAAAGGAAUUUUGCUUCAGCUUUUUGGUGGAAACAGAAAGGAUUUCAGCAAUACUGGAAGGGGCAAAUUCAGGUCAGAGCUGAACAUCUUGCUGUGUGGAGACCCCGGAACCAGCAAGUCGCAACUUCUCCAGUACGUCCACAACCUGGUCCCUCGUGGACAAUACACCUCAGGGAAAGGCUCCAGUGCAGUCGGUCUCACUGCUUAUGUCACAAAAGAUCCGGAAACAAGACAGCUGGUGUUGCAAACUGGAGCUCUUGUGCUAAGUGACAAUGGUGUGUGCUGUAUUGAUGAGUUUGACAAGAUGAAUGACAGCACACGUUCAGUUUUACAUGAAGUCAUGGAACAACAAACAUUGUCUAUUGCAAAGGCGGGUAUUAUUUGCUCCCUAAAUGCUCGGACCUCCAUCUUAGCAGCAGCAAAUCCUGUGGAGUCCCAGUGGAACAAGAACAGAACCAUCACAGAAAAUAUCCAGUUGCCACAUACACUUCUCUCCAGGUUUGAUCUGAUUUUCCUCAUCCUUGACCCACAAGAUGAGAUGUACGACAGAAGACUUGCCAGCCAUUUGGUUUCUUUGUACUUUAGAAGUCAUGAGGAGGAGGAAGAAGCAAAUUUGGACAUGAGCAUACUGAAGGACUACCUGAUGUACGCCAAGGGAUUUGUUCAUCCCAAGAUUGGAGAAGAGGCAGGACAAGCGUUUAUCCAGGCCUAUGUUGAAAUGAGAAAAGUCGGCAGCUCCAGGGGUCAAGUAUCUGCGUACCCAAGACAGCUGGAGUCUUUGAUUAGACUGGCAGAGGCUCACGCCAGAAUGAGGCUGUCGGACACUGUGGAUGUUGCAGAUGUAGAAGAGGCGAGAAGACUCUACAAAGAAGCCCUGAAGCAAGCAGCCGUUGAUCCUUCUACUGGCAAAAUUGACAUCACCAUUCUGACAACUGGCAUGAGCGGAGCGGCUCGAAAGAGGAAGGCUGAGGUGGCAGCUGCCCUGAAGAAACUUAUCCAAGCCAAGGGCAAAGUGCCCACUCUGAAACAUCAAAAGUUGUACGAUGACUUCAAGGAGACUUCAGAUUUUCCAAUCACCAAGGAGAUGUUCGACGAUGCUCUCAGGGAACUGCAAGACGAGGACUUCCUCAUUGUCACCAACAAAGUCAUUCGUCUCUGUUCAACGUAGAAACCUGUUGCACAGGCACAUGUUGAAGAACUGGAUUGGAAGGACUUUUGACAGCUUGGUCAUAUAAAUGAUUUCAUAUGCUUUUUCUUUUUGGUUGAUAUAUGUUAUAUUAUAUAUAUUUUGUAGAUUAUUUCUGUUACACAUGCCGGGUAGAUGGUUUGUAUAAAAUAUGGUGAUGAACUUGGAAUGCAAAUUGAAGUGAAUUUGGAACAAGUAAAUUACAGAGAAGACUCGUGUCUACCCUGAAAAUGUUCUGGAUAGUUGAGGACUGCAGAAACGUGUUGAAUGUUCAGUUUAGUUAGGAAUUUGUUGUUGGCCAAUUUUUUGCUCCUGUUUGUGAUGUCAACACUUCGCUUUGUUUGUUUUGGAAGUCCACCACUGUCUCACUCACACACUAAGGUGUUAUUUUCAGUUUCACCACCCUUCUCUGUUGUUUGUCAUACUUGCGUUUUCUGUGUUGAGAACAAAGUUGGAACAAAAUUGAGCGGACUUGUCGUGGGUGAAAAAACCCAAACAAUCUUCGUAAGAAUUGAAGUCGUUAUUUUCUUGUACAGAAUGAAAUAUAUAUAUGCUCAUUGAAUGAAUCAAUAUAUUACUUUUCUUCCAGCUAUUUGAGUUUCACUGUUGUUCCACUUAUGUAUUAUGUAGUUAUGUUUAUUUGUCUUUUGUGGUAAAAAUCUUCUCAUGGAAGAUCUUGAGCGUGAUAAAAUAAAUAAAAUGUGGAACAAAUAAUU